UUACAAAAUAAAUUUAUCUACAAUUAUAAAUUUUAAAGAUGUAUAGAAUCAAUGUGCUAAAUUUAAGAAAGAGAAAUGUAUUUGUCCGAUUUAUAUCACAAUUUAAAAUCCAACGCAGUGACUGCAUAUCCAAAAUUAACAUACAACAGCUAAGAGAUCCCAAAGCCUGUGCCAUUCGUGAUAAAGGACUUGUUUUGGGAGUAUAUUACAACGAUAAUGUUAAAGAGGAAUCCGUCAUUCUUACGCCGAGUGCCCAAAAAUAUAAUGAUGCAUGCGAAGGAAAGUUGUGGAAACAAUUAAAAUUAGCACCCAUACCUAGACUCGGUGAAGCUAGAAUAUUUUAUGAUUUAGAUCCACAAUUUGCGUACGUCGCUGUUGCUGGACUUGGUACAGAAUGUUUCACAUUUAACUCUUUAGAACAAUUGGAUGAAAGAAAGGAAGCCAUAAGAAUAGCAGCAGGAACAGGAGCCAAAGCGUUGAAUGCGUUGCGACCCACCUACAUACACGUAGAAUCUUUCGGAAACGCUGAAGCAGCAGCAGAAGGUGCCAACUUAGCUGUUUGGCAGUUUAGAGAAUACAAAAGUAUAUUGAACCAAAACGUUUUACCAAACGCAAAGUUUGUUUUACACGAUAACUGCGAUGUGGAGGGCUGGAAUAUUGGCCAAAUAAAAGCAGAAUCCCAAAAUUUGGCCAGAUACUUGCAAGAAAUGCCAGCAAAUUAUUUAAAUCCUACUUCUUUUGCCAAAAUUGCAGUAGACCUACUUUGUGAAUUAAAUAUAAACGUAGAAGUAAAGACGCAAGGCUGGGCAGCAAGUCAUGAGAUGGGAGGAUUUGUGGCUAUCGGAAGAUCUUCGAUUCAACCCCCUCUUUAUGUUGAAAUCAGUUACUACGGAGCUAACGAGCUCCAGCGACCUAUAGUAUUAAUCGGAAAAGGAGUAACAUUUGACAGUGGCAGCUUAGAUUUAAAAACCCCAAAGGACUUGAAAUAUAUGAAAGGAGAUAUGGCAGGUGCAGCGUGUGUUCUCGCUAUAAUAAGAGCAGCUUCAAUGUUAAAACUUCCCGUUAACAUUAGGGGAAUCCUACCACUUUGCGAACUAAUGCCAAAUGGAAAAACUCCCAAGUUUGGAGACUUAGUAAACAGCGGUAACGGUAAAUCUAUUCUCAUUAGGCUUCCAUCUCGUGAAGGGCGGUUGCUCGUCGCAGACUCUUUAGUCUAUGCUAGGAAUUACUGGCCGAAGUUUAUCAUAGAUAUAGGAACCAUGUCCAAAGAGUUAUUACAUACUCUUGAUGGUGCUGCAUGUGGAUGUUAUACAAAUUCGGAAGAGUUAUUUUGUUAUCUGGAAUUGGCAAGCAGUCAAACAGGUGAUAGAAUUUGGCGGAUGCCGCUUUGGAAAUUUUACGAAGACCGUAUAAAAGACACUAGUUCAGCAGAUGUGGCGAACACGGCGCAACACAAAUAUGGAGACUCGCCGAACUGUGCAGCAUUUUUAAAACAGUUUGUAUGCGAUAGUCAAUGGAUACAUCUGGAUACCUACAAUGUGGCUUAUAGUAAAGGACGUGAUAUCCCUUAUUUGGGACGAGGAAUGACAGGUCGACCCACUAGAACCAUUAUAGAGUUCCUCUUCCAACUGAUAGCAGAUACUAAGCUUUAGUUAACAGUCGUAAUUUCUGUCGAG